GCGCUUGGCCGUUGACAGCUGGACGCCCAGAAGACACCACUUGCAACCCCAGAACAGCGCACUUCGCAGCUUUCCCGUGAGCCAGGCAACGCGGUCAACAGGUUGCAGGCGCAUAGCCGUCGUCGGGCUGGGCUCACAGGUACGUGACAACUACAGCGCAAAUUCUGCGAUUACAAGCCUUCCCUCUUCCACUGCCGGGCGCAAGAAAUUCAUCAUGUCGUACCCGGGUCCUCCAGGUGUCUCGAAGCCAUCGCAUCCAUCGCUUCCGCCUCGCCCGCCCGUCACCAAACCCCCCAGCUUUAAGCCUGCCUUCCCGCCAACCACUGUUGCUGCCCCUGGUGUCUCAGCGCCAGUCUACACCGCGCCAGCACCGUCGUAUCCCGGCUACGGACCGUCCGCCACUCCCGCCAUAGGCUAUUUCGCCCCUCCAGCCGCGUCGCCAUACGCGGCUAACCCUGCCGUUACCCCCAUAGGUGCUGGCCGUGGAGGCUAUGGCCAACGCCAACCAGGCGCAUACAACUACCCGUCACACAGCUACGCGCAGCAGCAGCCGGCCUACUAUGGCGCCGCGGCGGCUGGCGGCUACCCGACUCCGCCUCAGAUCCGAAACCCCUUCUCCGCACCCGACAGCGCUGCUGCCGACUACGACCCUGAGAUGGCCGCGCAGAUAGCGCAGUGGCAGAGCGCCUACAUACCGAGAGACCCCGACGACCCGGCCAACAAGGCACCUGCCGCCGGCGGCCGUAACGGUACUGGCGCGCCCGCGGCCGGCGAAGCGCCAGCCGGUGCGGGAGAGGCGGCGGCAGCCGCCGCCGGCGGUGGCGCCAACGCGAGUGGCGAUGGCACCGAGAAGAAGAAAACCGUCUACCGCGAGGGCGGCGGCAAGAAGUGGCAGGACGACACGCUGCUCGAGUGGGACCCGGCGCACCUGCGCCUGUUCGUGGGCAACCUCGCCGGCGAGACGACGGACGACUCGCUGCUCAAGGCGUUCUCGCGCUGGAAGAGCGUGCAGAAGGCCAAGGUCAUCCGCGACAAGCGCACCAACAAGAGCAAGGGCUUCGGCUUCGUCAGCUUCAGCGACCCAGAGGACUUCUUCCAGGCGGCCAAGGAGAUGAACGGCAAGUACAUCCAGAGCCACCCGGUCGUGGUGCACAAGGCCAAGACGGAGAUCAAGCCGCAGGUGGUCAAGGAGGAACGCAAGGGCAAGAAUAAGAAUAAAGGCGGCGGGAACAAGAGCGGCAGCGGCAUGGGUGCCACGGGCGCCGGCAGCGCGCAAGCGUACGAGCCGCAUCUCGGCCCAAUGGUGGGCGGUGGUAUUACGAAGCCGGGACAGAAGACGAAGGGCGGGCUGAAGCUUCUCGGGUAAGCGGGUUCCUGUGGCCGCGUGGCGCGAAUGGAUUUUAUACUCCAGCGGUGGUUUAGAGGAUAGAUAUCCAGCAUGCUUUCGAGGGUUUGCAUCGGAGGCAAGUGGGUUGCAUGCCGCAAGUUGCAGAUGGGUUCCGGGGGAAGGGAGGAAUGAAUGGAGAGCCUUAUAACCGUACCUAAUUAUGAAGCACUUUUUACACAAAACACUGUAUGGGAUACUCUAUGCGU